CUUUAAGCGGCCCUGUGGGACCCACCUCUGCUCGACAAUAAGUAUAAUUAUUAUGAGACAUCUAUUCAUUUAUAAAGCUACACAUCAUCAUCAUGGCUCAAUUCGAAUUCGACCCAAGCCUCCAGGGGUCACUCCCCUCGGACUUCCAAUGGGGCUACGCAACAGCAGCGCCACAAAUCGAAGGGGCGUGGAACCGCGACGGCAAAGGUCUCUCGAUCUGGGAUGAAUUCGGGCACACGCCCGGCAAAGUCAAAGACAACAGCACCGCCGACGACGCAGUACGCUCCUAUGACUUCUACAAGCAAGACGUCGCACGGAUGAAAUCAUACGGCGUAACCAGCUACCGCUUCUCGCUCUCCUGGUCUCGGAUCAUUCCCCUCGGCGGCGAGACCGAUCCCGUCAACGAGCAGGGAAUCGCCUUUUACAAUAGGCUUAUUGAUGAGCUGCUCGCGAAUGACAUCACGCCCUUCGUCACGCUGUUCCACUGGGACAUACCCCAGGCGCUCGAAGACCGGUACGGUGGUAUGCUGGAUAAGGAGCAGUAUACGUCUGAUUUCAUUCGCUAUGCGGGCGUGUGCUUCGAGAGCUUUGGCGAUCGGGUGAAGAAUUGGAUUACGUACAACGAGCCCGGGGUGUACAGCCUUGCUGGCUACGCAGCGGGCGUCCACGCGCCGGGGAGAUCCAGUUUCCGCGACCGCAAUAAGGAGGGCGACUCAAGCACCGAGCCGUUCAUUGUGGCGCAUACGGAGUUGGUAUCGCAUGCAUAUGUGGCGGACAUGUACAAAAAAAAAUUUAAGCCUGUGCAAAAGGGGGCAAUCAUGAUUACGCUGCAUGGGAACUGGAACGAGCCCUGGGAUAAGAACGAUCCUAAGGACGUAGAGGCCGCGCAAAGAGCGCAGGAGUUCGAGAUUGCCUGGUUUGCGGAUCCGCUGUACAAGACGGGCGACUAUCCGGCGUCAAUGCGCGCCCAGCUUGGGGAAAGGCUGCCUAGGUUCACGCCCGAGGAGAGCAAGUUGCUGCUUGGUAGUUCCGAGGCGUAUGGUAUGAACUCGUAUACUUCGUUUUAUGUCAAGCAUCGGGACGAGGAGCCGGAUAUCAAUGAUCACAAGGGCAAUGUCGAGGUGUUCGACACGAACAAAGAGGGCGUGGAGCGGGGUAUUGAGAGCGACACCGCUUGGCUGAGGACGUCACCCUGGGGCUGGGGCAAGCUGCUGAGAUGGAUUUGGAACCGGUAUCAAACACCUAUUUUCAUCACUGAAAAUGGCACCACGGCCAAGGGUGAGCAUGAAUGGAAGCCGAGUGGGCCAGAUGAUGUCUUGGAGGAUCCACAUCGGAUUGCGUUCUUCAAGGGGUAUCUGACGGAAAUUGCUAGGGCUUCCCAGGAGGGGGUGGUGAUCAAAUCGUACUUUGGAUGGACUUUCACGGAUAACUGGGAAUGGGCGGCUGGCUUUACGGAUCGGUUAGGGGUCACUUGGGUUGACUUUAAUGAACCAGACAAGCCACGGUACGCGAAGCGGUCGGCGUAUUUCUUGAAGGAGUAUUUUGGCCACUUGAUCAAGAAGUGAGCUUCUAGGGGCAAUGCGAGAUAGUAGACUUCUAUCACUCGGCAUCUUAGAAUUAUGUUCCGCUCUCUCCUAACGGCCUGUUGCAGACAAUGGAAACAAAUAUUGAACUGAGUUAAUGACAAGUCAGUAGAAUCAAAAAGGCGGCCAGGAGUUGGCGCUGAUGGUUUGUUGGG